CACCAGCGUUCACAGGAGACGGAAAGCCCCUCCGUAAGCUGUAUCAGCAUAGAGUCAGGGGAGUCGUAAUCUCCAUUUCCCAAAGUCUUCGGACACAAAGUACCCGCGCUCCCGAAGUGACGCAAACUAGCCUUGGCGCGCCCUUGGUUUCCCAAACUAUCGCCCGUAGAGCAUAGCUACAUACAGCUUACAACCAACCCUAGACUCAGCAAUUGCACCGCCGCCCAUCAUGUCCCUGUCCGACAUCAAGUACCAGCCGGCUCCCUCAGACCCGCCGUCGUACGACUCCAUCAACAAACGGGCCUCCGUCUCAAGCUUUUCGCCACGAGCCCCCGGUCCUCGCGCACCGAUGCCGCUGUCUCUGGAUGCGCUAAACGAGCUGCGGGGCAAGAGGGUGAUAUUGGCAUCGGCCUCGCCGCGGAGGAGACAACUGCUUGCGCAGAUCGGUCUGACCAAUGUCGAGGUCGUCCCAUCCACCUUCGCCGAAGACCUGUCAAAGGCCAUGACGCCAUUCGAGUAUGUCCUCGACACGGCCUCGCAGAAGGCCAUGGCCGUGUACGAGCGCGAGAUCAAUAACGAGGAGAAGGGCGAGCCUGCCCUGAUCAUUGCCGCCGACACGAUCGUCGUGGGCUUCUUUGGCGAAAUCCUCGAGAAGCCGCGCAACGAGAAGGAACACAUUGACAUGCUCAAGUCGCUGCGGGACAAUGGCGAGCACAAGGUCUUCACGGCCGUGGUGUGUAUGGCUCCGCUAGAGAGCGCGAGAGACCCUGGCUAUGCCAUGCAGACGCACGUUGAAGAGACGGUGGUCAAGUUUGACAAGACUGCUACGGACGACUUGAUCCUUGCCUAUGUCAGGACGCGUGAAGGCGUUGACAAGGCGGGUGGCUACGGUAUUCAAGGCAUUGGGUCCAUUCUCGUUGAGAGGAUAGAGGGCACCUACGACAAUGUCGUCGGUCUGCCGCUAAGAGCAACCCUCAAGCUGAUUGAAACCGUGACGAAGGAUGAAGAGGAGAUGGACGAGGAUGCCGCGGAUGAUCUGGACGAGCUCGAGUGAGGCAGCGCUGUCUCGAGUUCACGCAACUCCUGUACAUUCAAGAUAUACCCAAGCACACAACCCGCAUAGAAUGGCAACCCGGAGUCAAUGGUCUUUUCUGAUUGUUGAGAUUCAUGCAUUAGCAAAACCUUCUCCUUGAUUUUGAGUACGUUUAUGUCUCGGGGCAAAAAAAAUCCAUUUUAUCAAGCCGUAGUCAGUUCUUGUGGGGGAAUCUUCCUUGGUAGUUCGCAGAGCACUGUUAUGUCUCGUGCUAUUCCACCCACCUACUAUACUAGCAAUGUUUUGAUAAAGUAAAGCCUUAAUACAUGGCAGGACGGCAAAUUUUUCGG